AUUUUUUCCAGGUGCUGUAAGCCACCCAGGGACAACAUGGAAACUCUUGGUCCUCCACCCCCCUAUGAUGACAAGAGGUCUGGAGCUGAAGGUGAUAGAAGUUGUGAAACAGAAGAAGGGGAUUUCCGAAUUGCAUAUUGGGUGGAAAAAAAUGUUAGGCAAACCUUCAUUCGCAAGGUUUACAGUAUCAUCACCCUCCAGUUACUACUGACUGUGGCAAUUGUUGCCGUCUUCACCUUUGUGACUCCUGUGAGCACUUAUGUGAUCAGUCACAUUCCAUUUUAUUAUGUAUCUUAUGGUGUAUUUUUGAUCUGUUACCUAGUGCUGGUGCUUUGUCAAAAGAUCCAGAGACGAUUUCCAUGGAACAUAAUCUUUAUGACAAUCUUUACACUGGCUUUGGGCUUUAUGACAGGCACCAUUGCUAGCAUGCAUGAGACCAAGGCUGUAAUCCUUGCCAUGAUCAUCACUACAGUUAUAACAAUCACUGUCACUAUUUUCUCUUUCCAAACAAAGGUGGAUCUCACAACCUGGACUGGUUUUUUCUGUAUACUGGCAAUUGUCCUCUUAGUGACUUCUGUCACCACUACUGUUGUCCUGAUAGGCAAAUAUAUCUAUUGGGUCCAUAUGCUUUAUUCAGCCAUUUGUGCCAUCGUCUUUACUCUGUUCCUUGCUUAUGAUACUCAGUUGCUGUUGGGGAAUAAGAGGUUUUCCAUCAGUCCUGAAGACUACAUUUAUGGAGCAAUCCAGAUCUACGUAGAUGUCAUCUAUAUCUUCCUUUCUUUUUUAAGGCUUGGGAGCAGACGUUAGGGAACUUUUUGUUGGCAACUUAAGGAACUUUUUUUUUCAGAAUAGAAGUAUCUUUGCCUCCCCCCAUAUGAAUCUGUUGUUUGCAUAAUAUUAUAACAAGACAUACGUACAAAUUUUGUUUCCGUAUUCUUAUUUUACUGUACUAUGUGAAAGCAUCUUAUACUGUAUGAAAACUCACUUAUUGAGUAUAUGGGCUGAACCCCAAGUUCAAUAAGCUUAGAUCCCCUGAAAGUAUUAUGAUACUGUCAAAGUGAAUGCAUGCCCUUUUGGCUUCACUUGGAUUUAAUUAGAUUUUCCAGGUUCAAGCCUAGUUUUUCUGCAGCAUCUGCAUCCAUGCCAAAGCUCUUACCUGUAACUUUUGAAAUUAGAAUCAUUCAUUUUUCAGUUAACAUAAAAUGAUACAAGCAUAUUAAUAUAGCAUACAGCAUACAGCCAGAAUGUUACUAUAUUUCCCUCAUAGUACAUGUACAUGGAGGCUUGGUCAUAGCUAUCAUCUUAUUAGAAUUCAUAAAUUAGACCAAAGGCCCCUCUAGGCCAGGAUUGUUUUGCACAGUGGCUGCUUGGAUGCCUAUGCCCAUAAGAACCUCAUAGAGACAGGGCUGUUGCUGUUUUUCACUGACUAACUUAGUUGCCAUUUUCUAUAGCUUUCCAAGCUUUACAAUAUCCUUUUGGAAUACCCAGUUGUUGAGAUUGUAAGUUGCUUGCCAAUCAUUCACAAUACUGCAGGCUGCCAGCCAGACAUGAAAUACACCUCAUGAGGAAGAGAUGCUCUUAUCAUGUACAUAGAGAGUCAGAUAUCCCAGCCCCUUCCUCUGCUGGAAACAGAAGUUUGGUUCUUUUAAAACAAAAGGCAGACAUUGCUAGACUAAGACUGGUAGAAUUGGUCUAAACUGGUAGAAUUUACCAUUUCCCCAGCAGCCUCAGAUUUAAAUGGAAUCUCCUCCAAACUGGAAGGUCCAGGUAACUGAAGUAAAGGAAACAAUUUCAAGAGUCUUUUAUUUCUUUGGAAAUAAGUAAAAAAAAAAAGUUCUAGCCAGAAACUUGCACAAGUUUUUGUAAUAUGUCCAAGUGUAAUGUUCAUUUCUUUGUAAAAGCUAAAGAAUCAUAUCUCAAGCAUGUACAAAUAUAUAAUUUUCUUUACAGUUUCCUUGUGAUCUGUAAUAUAAAUUGGAAUCCCUCAUAUAUCUCUAGUAGGGAUUCUACUAGAGUCUAGUAGGGAUGAUGCCAUUUGUGGCAGACUAGCAACAUGUGAUCUGCCCAAAGUAUUUUAUUUCCUUUUGGACUCGUUUAAUUUGCCAACUACUGUUUUCCUAUGAUCUGAAUAGGUUUCUAAUUUACCCAAAGUGAAUGCUUGUGUUUUAAUGUUUAAAAUUUCUUUUUACAUUUUUUA